CGUACACCAUCGUAGUGUGCCAUCUCUCGCCACGUUCAGUACGCAUGUGAGGUCGCUUAUCAACGCUUCCUACCAUUUUCAGUGCGCUGCAGAUUGCAAUACUGCCAGUGGUAGUAGCAGGGCACAUCGGCACAGCUGGCACCAGUAAACAGGUGCACGAGUAAACACGUAAGCAGGGCACAGCGUUUGGUGGAGCAAUUUUGGAAAGAAAAACGAGUGGAAAAUUUUGCAAAACGACGGCACAAACGCGGAGUACGGAAGGGAACAGUGCGUUUGCAGAUUGAUUACGGUCGGGUGGCCCAGUGUGUCUCUGUGUGUGCGUGUGUGCGUGUAAACGUAACAACGGGACCGGAGAGGAGGGGAGGGGGGCAGAGGCAAAGGUUGGAAGGUUUUUCACAAGUGUCCUUGAUUUUUCGAGUGGCAUGAAAUACGGCCCAGCUUCACCAUUCGGUUGGGCGUAUGAAAAGCUGCUGCCACUAGCCUGCCUCGAUGUGUUUCACUUUCUUCCGGGGUAGUGUGCACUACGGUAAGCAGCGGCAACUUUAGCGAAUUGAUGAAUUAAACCAAGGAAAAGGAAGGUCGUGCGAGGCUUUGGUGGAAGCAGCAGCUGUGAGCAGAAAAGCUGAGUGUAUGUGUGUAUGUGUGUGCGGCAGUGUUACAGGAAAAACCCAACGUUCUGAGCGUAAAGAAUAAAAACACACACACACACAAAUACACAUAAAGUUCUGUGCGAAGGUGAAGUUCACAGUGAAGCAGCAGCACCGAGGAGCGUAUAUGUGUACACGGAGGGACCAGAGUGCGUAUCAUAUGGAUGUGGUUUGACGGGGGCAGUGUGUAAAUUUGCCCAAGUCCCCUCCGCCUCCCAAUCAGACACCGAGAGCGCCUCGAAAAAUCGAAAAUGAAUUUUGGCCCGUAGCCUGGACGGAGCUCGGAAGUGUGAAGCAAGUCAACCAUCUGUGUGUGAGGUACGUGCCCAGCCCCGUUCCAUACGGUGCAAAAACGACCUGUCCGAGCGGCAGCAGGAGCAGCAGCAAGCGAAACUGUACCAAACAAAAAGUGUGCGGAAAAGUGAAAGGCUUGCUCGGGGAACAUGUUUCCCGAAAUAAAUCCUCCCAGGAAAAUGUCGUUCCAAGCAGAUCCGGUCGAUUUUAAAGAAAAGCUCAUAGCGGCAGUGAAGAAAGAGGUCAAACAGGUGAUGGAGGAAGCCGUCACCAAGAAGUACAUACACGAAGAGUCUUGCUCGGUAACGGCCCUGUGCGCUGCGGUCGAGGCCUGCCUCAGCCAGGGGCUGCGAAGGCGAGCCCUCGGACUGUUCAAGACAUCCUCCACCACCGCCCUGCUGCACAAGGUGGCCAAGCACUGUCCCGAGGCGGCCUGCAUCAGUAGGAAGGUGCAGGACAUCGAAAACAGUGACCCGAACAAACGAUCCUCGUCCAGCAGCGACAGCACAAACAAGCCGCCGAUCCUGAAGAAGGGCAGCAGCAACUCGGUCUCGACCACGACACCACCCCAGACACCGCCAGUCGUCAAAUAUCUCUGGAUCCGGUUGGCACUGUACGAGAAGAAGCUGUCCCGCAUCAUCGACCAUCUCGUGUCGAACGCAACGCGCUACUACGAGCGCGAUUCACUCGUCGCCGAUCCGGACUACGGUUCGAUACUGAGCUCGCUGCUCGUUGGGCCCUGUGCGCUCGACUACUCGCGCGCCAAAACUGCCGACCACUUCUGGACCGAUCCGCCGGCCGACGAGCUCGUCCAGCGGCACCGUAUCAGCUCGAGCAAUCCGACGCCACCGGCGUACCGGCGCCCGAUGCUGAACUUCAAGCGCAGCCUCCACACCAGCUCCGAGGAGGGCAGCAUGGCGUCGUUCAAGUCGAACAGUCUGGCGUCCGCCUCGAAGGACUACGUGGAAUCGUUGCAUCAGAACUCGCGCGCCACCCUACUGUACGGCAAGAACAAUGUGCUCGUGCUGCCGAAGGACGUCAGCGAACCAAUGCCCGGCUAUCUCAGCCUGCAUCAGACGGUACAAUCGCUCACGAUCAAGUGGACGCCGAACCAGCUGAUGAACGGGUACACCGAGUCGGAGAACAUCGAUAAAAGCUCGUACUGGGCGUACGCGCUGAAUGUGAACGUGGACGAGAUCGUGUACGUGCACUGCCAUCAGGCGCGCGGUGGCGACACCGGCGGCACCAUCAUCCUCGUCGGCCAGGACGGUGUCCAGCGACCGCCGAUACACUUCCCCGAAGGUGGCCAUAUGGCGGCAUUUCUGAGCUGCCUUGAAACUGGUCUUCUCCCACAUGGGCAGCUGGAUCCGCCACUGUGGUCCCAACGGGGCAUUGGACGCAUCUUCCCCUGGCCGCAGAAGUCGCGCCGCCGACCGCUUCCAUCGCUGCUCGAGACGAACGACGAGAUGCCGAUCGAUUACGUGUUCCGUGUGGUCAACAAAGGCAACACGGAUGAGUUCUUGGCAACACAUUCCAUACUGGAGCUGGGGCGCACCAGUCCCCGCUACCGUGCCCAGCUGAGCAGCUGCUCAACGAACGAAAGUAGCGACUGCUCCAGCAAAAGUCUCUCGAUCGACGCCAUGUCCAUUGACAGUCCGAAUCCCCAGACAACCCAAUCCACCAGCAUUGCGCUCGUCUGCAGCACGAUGAAGCGGCAGAUCAUUUCGCGCGCCUUCUACGGCUGGCUGGCGUACUGUCGCCAUCUGUCCACCGUUCGCACCCACCUGUCCGGGCUGGUGAACGGGCGCAUCACGCCGGAAACCGGGGCCGAGCAGGGGCUGACGCGAUCGCGCUGGGAAAGCCUGCACGACGGCAACGGUGUCGUGGCGGACGAUCAGGAGGUGUACCGGUUAGUGUACUACGGCGGCGUCGAGCACGACAUCCGGAAGGAGGUGUGGCCGUACCUGCUCGGCCACUACAGCUUCGGCAGCACGCCGGACGAGCGGGCCGAGCUGGACGAGACGGCCAAACACUACUACGAAACGACCAUGAGCGAAUGGCUGGCGGUGGAAGCGAUCGUGCGCCAGCGGGACAAGGAGAAGACGGCGGUGGCCGUGGCGAAGCUGAGCUCGGGCAGCGGCAGCAUGGAAAACAGGAGCAAAACGCUCGACCAAGACGCCGACGGGGAGCAGGGGGAGGGAGAGGACGAGGAGGAAGAGAUGGAAAACGAGGUGUUCGAGGAGAACGGCUUCUCCGACAUGUCCGAGCCGGAGGUGGAGGGCGAGGAGCGGUCCGACGCGAAGGUGCAGCUGACGAAGGACACGAUCACGCUGCCGGUGGUGGCGCAGGACGCCCUCACCGUCGAGACGGCCGGGGGUGUGGGCGCCGCAGAGUCGGCCGAUCGAGGAGAGGAGCAGGAGCAGGAGCAAGACUUUGAUAGCAACAAGAGUUCGCCGUCUGACUCGUCGUACGCGACGGUUGGCAACGAUUUCAUCGACGUGGCGGACAUUAUCUCGCCGAUGGGCGAGGAGGACUCGGAAGGCGCUCGAUCGCUCGGGGCGGUAGAGCGCAUGCAGGAGGGCGAGGACGAGGAUGGGGUUACGUCGGGCGAGGGGGGCGCGGGGCCGGACGAGGAGGAGGACGAACCGGACUCGCCGAAGUCGCUCGAGCAGCCGCGCGCCGUCAUCGUGACCGAUGCGUCGAUCGACGUGACCAUGCUGCUGCCGGGCGAGGUGCGCGAGCUGAACAACAACCACACGCUGUCGACGCUGGCGGAGGAGGGGGGCAACCAGCAGCAGCCGGCGCUGGACUCGCUGCAAGAGCCCAAAUCGGCCUGCGUGUCACCGGCCAGCUCGAACGGGGGCAUCUAUAGUAGCGAGCUGCUGGAGUCGUUCGGGCUGAACCUGCAUCGCAUCGAGAAGGACGUCCAGCGGUGCGACCGUAACUACUGGUACUUUGCCAACGAAAACUUGGACAAGCUGCGCAAUGUCAUUUGCACAUACGUCUGGGAGCAUCUGGACGUGGGGUACAUGCAGGGCAUGUGCGAUCUCGUCGCCCCACUGCUGGUCAUCUUCGACGAUGAGUCGCUGAGCUACGGCUGCUUUUGCCGCUUCAUGGAGCGCAUGAUUGAAAACUUCCCGAACGGCGGUGCGAUGGAUAUGCACUUUGCUAACAUGAGAUCGCUGAUACAGAUCCUGGACUCGGAAAUGUACGAUCUGAUGCACGCGCACGGUGACUACACGCACUUCUACUUCUGCUAUCGCUGGUUCCUGCUCGACUUCAAGCGCGAGCUGAUCUACGCCGACAUCUUCUCCGUGUGGGAGGUGAUCUGGGCGGCCAAGCACGUCGCGUCCGCACACUUUGUGCUGUUUCUGGCGCUGGCCCUGCUCGAGACGUACCGUGACAUCAUCCUGUCGAACAGUAUGGACUUUACGGACAUUAUUAAAUUUUUCAACGAAAUGGCCGAACGGCACAACACACCCUCCGUUUUGAAGCUGGCCCGAAGCUUGGUGCUACAGCUGCAAACGAUCAUUGAAAACAAGUAAAAAAGGUGUGACGUUACACACACACACCGUAGUCGCACUACAGUCAGCCAGCACCGAAGAAGACGUGCAACAGUAUACAAGGAAGCUGCUGCAAGCGUUACACGUUGUACAACAAUGGUCAGCGCGUGCAGUUAACUCUCGCGGGAGUUAAGGGAGUAGUAGACAAAUGUACUGUAUCUACUUUUAAAGGCAGAGCGAAUACAACUCCUACCCAUCCUAAAUUGAAAGCUAAAAAAGGUGGAAGAUAAGCGGUAGAGCAAAUUUAUACUUAUCGAACAAUUAUAAGGCGACAAAGAGUCCUCUCCAACUUACCCAUGAAAGGUGGACUCUUUCACGAUGUUUUAGAGGUGCUCCUUCCCAUCUGACUGUCCGUCUGUCUGUCUAUUUGUCUGUCUGUCUGUCUGUUAGUCUGUGUAAUGUCACUGUUUAGCACUUUUGGACAGUUUGUUUGUACUUUUUGUAGCUGUCCCCUGUUGAUGCGUUGUCGACAGCGUGUCGUUAAGUUGCUUUCCGUUGUCGUUGUUGUCGCCAUUGCUGUUGUCGACUCCGUUAGGAGUGUUUCCUUUACGAAAAUAUAAUUAUAUGAAAGCACACACAAACACAAACACACACACUUUAGUGUAGCUGGUGCUUCACUCUGUUAAGCAGACGUAGUGUUGUAAAACUUUAGUGCCAUCCCACCAUAAAUACACACACACACAGACCAUUCCGUGGCCAAGCUGAUCAAAAGUAUAUAGGGGGGUAGCCCAAGCCAAUCAGCUAAAGUGUGUGGUAUCAUAAAAAAGAACAUAAAAGUACAUGCUAAACCCAUAAAGCGGUGAGUUAUGUUCGUUGCGUACAACACUAAACAAACAAUAACAACAACAACAAAAAAGCAUCUUCAUCUUUUGUUUCACAUUUCGUAGAGUUCCUUAUAGUGUGAGUGUCUAAAAGUCUAAAUAGCAAAACAAGAGCAAAACAAAACAAAGAUAAACAAACUACUUCAAAAUAUAGCAGUAUAAAUUAGUGAAUGAACAAAAAAAAAUACAAAAAGGGAAAUGAAACACAAAAAAACAUAAUACAAACAAACAAACAAACAAAAAUCCACUACAAUAUCCAAUGCAAUUGAAUCUUAUGAUGAAUCGUACUAACAAAAAUGGUACAACAAGAAGAAGAAAAAACAAGACAGAAAUAUAAUGAAAGCAAGAAGAAAGAAAAAAAACACAGCAAGUUAUACUGUUUUAGACCUACGUAAGCAAAACUAUUGUUGGUAACGAUGUAAUCAAUUAUAUUUACCAGUAUUAGUUGCA